UGUUUGAGAGAGAGAAAGAGAGAAAGAGAGAGAGAGUGUAUGUACACACAAGUGUGUCACCACCCCUUUACUGUUUUUUUUUUUUUUCUUUUUGAGCUAAAGACACUUCAGUGACCAGACUGACUGAGACAGAGAGCGAAGAGAAGGAACAAACAACUGGGAGACAGAGCUAUUUAGAUUUACAUUGAGUUUACAUAUUUAUAUUUAUAAUACUUUAAAUUUAAAUAUUAGAUCACAUAUUUUAUUCCAUAUCAAUACAUUACAUAAUAUUACAUCUGGAAUUUACAGUAAUGAUUUUCAUAUAGAUAUAAAUUAAGUGGAAGACUCAUCCUCAUAUAAAUUCAGAGCAGAAUGUCAUCCAAUGGCACCCUCAUCCUUUCCCUUCCUGACAAUUCCUUUGCCUUUUCCAAAAAUGACAAAACAACUGUGGACAUUGAUGCUAUUAUGGACAACAUCACCAUUGUCCUCUACACCAUAACCAUCAUACUUGGCAUCACUGGGAACUCUGUGGUCAUCUGGAUGGCUGGGUUCUGUCUAAAGGCCAACGUCACCAACGUGUGGCUGGUUAACCUGGCUGUGGCCGACCUGAUUUUUUGCCUGACUCGUGUCACUUCUUUGAUCAAGAAGCUUUUCUAUGAUCACUGGCCCUUUGGACUCUUCCUCUGCAAGUUCAAUGGUUUCUUCAAGUAUGCCAACAUGUUUUGUAGUGUUUUUCUUUUGGCUGUCAUCAGUCUGGAUCGGGCGAUUUGUGUGUGGCUCCCUGUGUUUACUAGGCAGCGGCGAACUGUGCGUGCUGCUCGACUUGUCAGCCUAGGAGUCUGGAUUGUGGCGGGGCUCUUCAGCUCACCGUAUUACGUAUAUCGACAAGUCUACAUCGGAAAGAACAACUUGAGCAAGUGCUCCUUGGAGGUCAAGGAACAAACUGAAGGCGACAACACAGCUAAGCUUGCCUUGUACAGCAUUCGCUUCUCCUGCGGUUUUCUGCUGCCCUUCCUGGUCAUCCUUACCUGCUAUGCACUUGCUGGUAUAGGGAUACGGCGAACACGUAUCUCCCGCAAAUCACGACCCCUCAGAAUUCUGGUGUCUCUGGUCUGUGCCUUCUUCCUGUGCUGGGCUCCAUACCACGGCCUACUUUUGGCUAAAAUGGUGGAUAGCAAGAGCCAAGCGAUAAAGGUGGGCCUAACCAUCGCAAAGGGCUUCGCCUAUUUUAACAGCUGUGUGAAUCCACUCCUUUAUUUCUGCAUGGGCCUGGAUAUGAGGCAGCGCUUCAGACAAAGCCUGUCUGGGGUUUACCGUCGAGCUCUAGCUGAGGACUGGGACGGGCAGACGUCACAGUCUCAGGAGCGCACUGUAGAUGAGACUUCCAGUUGCAUAACAAAAACCAAAACGACAGGGAUGCACACAGCUGAUGGAACUGCUUAUGUUUGAAAAAAGGUUAAAUCUAGUGCUGCGUUCCAUUUAACUCGUAUGUCGGAUGUUAAAGCUAUGAAUAAUUUCACACCCAAGUUGUUAGCAUUGUUUCUGGUUAGCAUUGCUAGUGAUAUCAGUAGAUAACUAUGAAUUAUGCAGUAUUUUGCACAUGUUAAAUACCUGUCCACAGAGAAAAGGUGGGCAGUAUUAUGUGCAACUGAUUUACUGAGACACAAACAGAUAGAAAUGCUAAUAAACUGUAUAAUACUACUGUGUUUACUGCUGAUGGCAUGCAGUGCAGCCAUCUUGGAUUCUGAAUUCAUGGUUGGCGAGGCUCUUCCGCCUUUUCUAGUAGAAAAUCAGACAUGUAGGAACGUUCCAAUUAAAAUUUCCUAUAUGGAACUAUAACAAAAAGUCCAACAUUCAAGCUCAAAUAUGUCUUCUUCUAGAGCUGUGGUUGUUUUGGUCCUUGAGUAUCCAUAUUUUGCAUAUUUUUGUGAUUUGUGAGAAUGUUUCUUUUUGUACAUUUAUUUUUAUGUACAUGCAAUACAUAUCAAUUGUUGUCAAAAUGUCACUAAAAACAGUGCUACUGUGUUCUAAACUGUAAUAUGGCAAGUUGCUUUAUGUAAGUCUGAAUUAAAUGUGGAGUCUCAAUUCUCCGGUGUAAAAAAAAAGUUUAGUAUUGCAUUAUAAAAUCUGUCAUAUACAAAAUCCUCUGGACAGAAGCAAAGUACUUAAUUAACCUCUAUCGACAGAACCCAGCUAACAAUUUUGGCUAGUAGAACAUUUUCUGAAUGUUACAAUUAACAUUUUUAGAAUGUCAAGUUUUUUGGAUUUUUUUUUUAGAAUGUUUUAAUUUAUUGUUUUUAAACCUUCUGGUAAAGUUUCUACAAUGUCACUUGUGUCAAUGUUUUAAAUAUUUUUUUUGGGAUUUAUUAUUUUUUUGGAAUUAUUUUUUUUGAUUAAUGUUUGUAAAUGUUUCCGAAUAAAAUUAGUAUUCGUCUAGCUGGGAACGUUAUGUGAGAAACAAACGAAUGACAUUGUGAUGCAAACUCGUAUUACGUCACACAUUUUCAGAACGUUCCUGGAACAUUUUUUCUGUAACGUUACAGGCUAACCUUCCUGUAACCUUUUUAAAACUUUGCUAAAUGUUUUUUUUAAUGUUCUCUGGUAAAACUCAAAUUCACAGUUUGUAAGGCUGCAGUCAGAGUGGAGUAUUCAAUCAGCAUGUAACUCAAGUUUUUAUCUUCAGCUCUAAUAUACUAAAACUAAUCAACUACGCUGACAUGAUAGGAUAGCAGGACUUUUGCCAUGUCUCAUAAAAGCUAAAAGCUAAAAGAAUGCUGUACUGACCUGUUGCAUAUGUGUGUGAAGCAUUUUGCUUUGAAUGUGCCUGUAAUUUCUACCACUGUCACUUCUUUGUUUGCAUAAACAUUUCUAGCCAGACGCUGCCUGUUCCACUGAGGAUGGUAAUAUAUGGUAAAUAUGAUUUAUAUUUGAUAGAGAAAUGGAAUGCUGCAUUCAUCUGGCACUAUCAGGCCUUGCUUAAACACAAGAUAAAUAUGGAAAAGGAAGCAACAAGAUCCUUAAAAGCAGUGGGAAAUAAUGAUAAGACUUUAUUUUAGUAAGCAAUUUGUAACAUGCUUUAAAUAUUUAAACUAUUUUUAACCCAGGGUGACUCUAACAUUGUGGCAUGUUGACCAGAAUACUUAUUUCCUUUGCUUGUUUUUUCCUCAGUGCUAUCUUUGGACUGGCUUUGACACUAUAUUCUGAAAUCCACUCAAUAAUUCUCAAUGCAAAUAAUGCAACUGUGUGAAUAAUAAUAUUUUUAAAAAAGGUUUGAAAUGUUUCAUGCAGAUAUUUUACCUUUAAAAUAUAAUUUUAUGUUUUACAUCUUUUCAAUGCUCACAUACAAACGUCUAAUUAAUAAGAGACCGCUAUGCAGGUCCCUGAGCGUGUAGUUUAUUUUGGCUGACUGGAAACAUACACACUAUACCUAAGCUAUGUGACUAUUGUUAUAUUUAGUUCUCAUUAUUUGUAUUUGAUCUUUUCUUUUACUAACUAAUUAAAGCAGAUGCAAGUGAGUAUUAUCA